AUGCCAAGAAAGAACACUUUCCAGAGGUCAGCGCCUCUUGCUGCAAACUUCUUGACAAGUCAGCGGAUGUAUCAGGAAGUUGAUCACUAUGAGGCGUUUGUUGAUCCAGAGUUGCGCGCGAGGGGGUAUGAAGGAGUUUACAAGCAGCGGAAUGGAAUCGACAAGCAAGAUGGAUGUGCCACCUUCUGGAAGAGGAAGAGCUUCCGACUCGUACACUCUCGAGCGGUGGAGCUUGAUGGAGCCAUAGAGCGAGCAAGACCUUACAUCGAGACUCCUUCCUAUAUCACACACAAUGUUGCUGCGAAGACCGUAGUGAGGGAAAUCGAUAAGAUUGAGAGACAGUUCGGCCACAUGACGAGUCUUCUGAUGGGUGACUUCAACUCGAUGCCGCAGACCCGGGCCUCGGAGCCCUUGUACACCAACUACAGACAGCAUUUCAAAGGAACUCUCGACUACAUCUUCUUUAGGUGCCCUGCAGAGGAGGAGGAGGAGGAGGAGGAGGUGCUCGACGUUCCCUCUCCUCAGGACCUGGGCUCGCAGGGUCUUCCUGACAAGUCGCAACCCUCAGAUCACCUUCCUCUUGUCUGCCGCGCGAAGUUGAGGGAGAAGACGGAGACAUGA